AUCAAACUCAGAGAUGAAAACAUGUGAUCUUGAUGGAUGGGGCAAUAGUGUCGAUUACCACACUGACAUCACGGUAGAAUGAGGACAGCGAUUACCGUUUGAACAUCAGCAAAUAGGAGGCGCAUCGCGUGCGUGUGUGCACUGACUGACUGCAGCACCACCUGAAUCUCUCAUCAGCCUCCGCCUGUCUCUCAGGAUCAGAGGCGAUGGCAGCCGGCGGAGGAUGCGGGCAAUCGGUGGAUCAGUACCGGGCCGAGGUGGAGCGAUUGACUCGGCUGCUCGCAGAGGCGAACCGGGAGAAGAUUCGUGCGGCGGAAUGCGGUCUGGUGGUUCUGGAGGAGAAUGAGACACUGAAGCAUCAGUACGCGGAGCUCGAGAGUGAACAGGAGGCGCUGAAACACGAGCUCGAGCAGCUGCAGGAGGCAUUCGGUCAGGCACACACCAACCAGCGGAAGGUAGCGGAGGAUGGCGAAACAAACGAGGAGACGUUGCUGCAGGAGUCUGCCUUUAAAGACGCUUAUUACACCAGUCGUCUGGAGGAGCUGCAAACGCAACUGAAAAUGAGUAGUUCUGUGGCCUCAAACGCUCAAGCAGAGAGUGAACAUCUCAACACCUUUCUGCAGGAGCUCCGAGAGAAUAAUGAGAUGUUGGAGCUUCAGCGGAGUCGUAUGAGAGAGGAGAUCAGAGAGUAUAAGUUCAGAGAGACGCGACUGUUGCAGGAUUACACUGAACUGGAGGAGGAGAACAUCACGCUGCAGAAGCUCGUGUCAACACUAAAACAGAACCAGGUGGAAUAUGAGGGCCUAAAACAUGAAAUCAAAGUUCUGGAGGAGAAGACGGUGCUACUCAACAGCCAAUUGGAAGAUGCCUUGCGUCUGAAGGACAUUUCGGCGGGCCAGUUGGAGGAGGCGUUGGACGCUCUGAAGAGUGAGAGAGAGCAGAAGAACGGUCUGAGAAAGGAGCUGACACAUCACCUCAGCCUGAUGGACACACACCUGACCAUCUCAGCCGUGGAGGGGUUAAAGUUCACAGAGGAGACGGCGACCAACGGCACGUCUGAGGAUAGUAACCCCAGUAAUGAGUGUAAUGGACACAGACUGAAGAUGAACGGAGAGCGGCCGGGACGCAGGAAGAGCGAGGUGCUUGACCCGGUGUCCAAUCUCUUCAGUGAACUCAACCUGACUGAGAUACAGAAGCUCAAACAGCAGCUCUUACAGGCUGAGCGAGAGAAGUCGGCUCUGCUUACUAACCUGCAGGAGUGUCAAACUCAACUGCAGCACACGCAGGACGCUUUAACAGAACAACACAUGUGCAUUCAUCACCUUACUGAGCGAGUCAGUGGCAUGAAACAUCUCCACAGUGACAAGGAGUUUGAUUCAGAGGAGACCGAGAAGAGCGCUGGACACUUAAACGGUUGCUGUGAAUAUGACACAGAUAUCAAUGGUAUAGAGCUCCUUGAGUGUAAAUAUAGAGUUGCUGUGACUGAAGUCAUUGACUUGAAGGCGGAGCUUAAGGCUUUAAAGGAAAGAUAUAACCAAUCCGUGGAAAGCCAAUCAGAAGAAUCCAACCGUAGUGAAGGAAAAGUCCAGGCGCUCAAAGAGCAGGUGAAGCGUUUGGAGAAAUCCUGCCGCGAGGGCCGCGAGCAGGUUAGCGGUCUUGAAGCAGACCUCCGGUGCACAUCAAGUAUAGCUAGUGAGAGUAACGGCAUGUUGAAUGCAGCUCAAGACGAGCUGGUUACGUUUAGUGAAGAACUCGCUCAACUCUACCAUCACGUCUGCCUGUGCAACAACGAGACGCCAAACCGCGUCAUGCUGGACUAUUACCGCCAGAGUCGGGUCACACGCAGCGGCAGUCUCAAAGGCCCCGAUGACCCAAGAGCCCUGCUUUCUCCACGUCUAGCUUGCCGACUUGCUGCUGCUAACUCCUCAGACAUGUCCAAGAGUCCACUAGACUCUCCGGCAAAGGAACCCUUGGGAGAAGGAUCUAAUAGGGAGCCAGGUAGUCAACAGAGUCCCACCAGAAGCCCCUUUGGUUCCCCAGUCAACAGUUCAACAUCACCUUCUCCGUCCACAGUGCCAGAGACCGGGGAUCUCCGUAGGGAGCCCAUGAACAUCUAUAACCUCAACGCCAUCAUCCGUGACCAGAUCAAACAUCUACAGAAGGCCGUGGACCACUCGCUUCAGCUGUCCAAGCAGAGAGCUGCUGUUCGAGAUUUGGCACCCAUCUUCGACAAGGACAAGGAGGCUUGCAUGGAGGAGAUCCUGAAACUCAAAUCGCUCUUGAGCACCAAAAGAGAGCAGAUUGCUACCUUACGUCAUGUGCUUAAAGCCAACAAACAGACUGCAGAGGUGGCACUGGCUAACCUGAAGAGUAAAUAUGAAAAUGAGAAGUGUAUGGUGACGGAGACGAUGAUGAAGCUUAGAAAUGAACUGAAGGCCCUCAAAGAAGAUGCUGCCACCUUUUCUUCACUGAGGGCAAUGUUUGCCACAAGAUGUGAUGAGUACGUAACUCAGCUGGAUGAGAUGCAGAGGCAGCUGGCUGCCGCAGAAGAUGAGAAGAAGACUCUGAACUCUCUCCUGCGAAUGGCCAUCCAGCAGAAACUGGCCCUGACCCAGCGCCUGGAGGACCUGGAGUUUGACCAUGAGCAGUCACACUGUGGUCAUGGAGGAAAAGUGCCAAAAAUUAGGAGCAGCCCUAAAAAAAUUGUCAGUAGCCUGUUGCUUCAGAACCGACAACCUCCCCACAACUAAUGCCAGGAGGGCAUCACAGUCGUAAUGUGUUGUCAGCUCUUCAAAAGGACCGGACACACGAGGACGGAUCCAGACUUCCAUGUGACCCUUUCAACUGUCUGGACCAUCAUUCUCAGCCUUUCGGCCCUUCGCUCCUGUCAGUGAACAAGCACUUCCUGCCGCACUGAGUGACCCAUCAAUCAGGCCUCCAGCCAAUCACAUGCUCCUCUUCUCGUGGGAUUCUAGAGGGACCCUCCCUGACUUCACACGCUCAUUUUUUCAUGUUUAUUGUGAAAACAAUUAUUCAUUACCACCCAGAGUAAGUUGAGUGCAAAAGCAAAUAGAUUGGUCUUUUGGCUUUAUAUUUAUUUUAUUUAUCUAUUUAUUAUUUUAUCUAUUUAUUUGUCUUUUUGUUUGUUUAUUUUAAACAGUUAUGUGUGGUGUCUUUUACUCGCCUCUCGGCGGUCAGAACAUUUAACUUUUGUAUUUUACAAUGAGUUUGAAAAUACACUUUAAAAUGUCAAAGGUUACAGUCAGUAUUUAUUAAAUCAACAGAGGACUACAUUAUGAUAUGGUGGCGUGAACUUAAUUAUCAGUUUUGCAACUAAUAUUUGUUUGAUUUUUAGUGUGAUAUCUUAGAAGAGCUUUAUUGAAUGGUUGCAGAUUCUGAUACAGUUUUCAACAAGACAUGUUCGAGUCUCACUGCUGUCAGUUUAAAGCAUGAACGCUCCUGAGGUGAAGUUUGUAUUACAGUAAUUAUAAACCGUUACGUUUUGGAAAUCUCACCUUCUUGAUAUAAUGUCAUUGCACAUGGAAUAUUUCUUUUUUAACAUGACUUCAAUCACAUGCACAAAUAUUAUAUAUUUAUACCUGCAUUCUCUUUUUAUUGCUGAAUUGAUGUCAGAUGAGUGUUUGGUUUGCGUGGAGAUAGAUCAGCGCCUCAUGAAUCUCUUUGAGGGAGUUCUGGUUUGAUCACAGUGUGCUGCUAAAUCUGAACACGGGUUAAUUCUUCUCUGAAAACAGCACACAUGUAGAGCUGCAACUAACUAUUAUUUUCAUAAUCGAUUAAUCGAACGGUUAUUCAAAUGACUAUUCGACUAUUAUUGCAAUGAUUAAUCAUUCGCUCUUAUACGAUUAUUCAGCUUGUGCCCGAAUUAAAGGUUGAAUUAAACAUGCUUACUAACAAUAAAGAGGACAAAAUCAUCUUUUAAAUCUCUAAAUGACAUUCACUGAAUUAAAGUGAAAAUACUUUUAUUAAGUUUAAUUCAGUAAAGAAAUUCACUGCAAAAAUCCAGUUUUGUCUUGUUUUCCAACUUUAACUUAAAAAAUCCUUAAACCAGAAACAUUUACUUGAGAAGCAACAUAUAAUAUAUUUAGACUUUCUUUAAAAGGAUUUAUCUUAUAUAUAAGUGUAUUUUGUAUAUAAGUGUAUUUUUUCAGUUGGUUAUAAUUCUGCGAGUUCAGUAAUGACAAAAUAUAUUUAUAUUCAAGAUCUAUUCUCUAAAAGUCUGAAUAUCUGAUAUGCUGCUUCUCAGAGGAAUGCUUCUUUUUUUAAACACAGUCUCGAGCAAUCAUGUUAUAGUCUAGCUGCAUUAAGUGUGUGCGCUCGAGGGAUGAGCGUCCCGGGACAGAGUGUGCAUCAGCCGGUGCAGUUUCAAUCUCUCCCCCUUAGAUCGGGACAUUCACACGACUCGUAGAAGAGGUGCUGACCACACAGAGAAAUGAACGUUAUGGAGUUUGUAGUAAUUUACAUGAUCUGCUUCUGUAUUAUUUGAACUUUAAUAAAGAUAUAAUGCAUUAAAACUGCAUUAAAGAUGUAACGUCGGGGUGUUUCCUGUAAAGAGCUCCUACUCCACUUAUUCCACAAUGAGAGUUCUUCUGUAUUUACUUACUUUGUAUGUUUGCAUAUUAAUUCCAUCAUACUUUGUGAUGUGCAUCAGCUGAAGCUGUUUGGAAAGUUUCGAGUGCAUCUGUGUAAUUCUUCAUCAUCAGUCAGAACUGCAGCGCUGCUCUCACACGUCAUCAUUACAGUUUAAUGUGAUCUCUUAAAUGACAUCAAAUGACUAUUUGACAAUUAACAUUUUUGUCAAAGAUUUUUUAUUGUUGUGUUGUUGAUAACGUCGACUAAUUGUUUCAGCACUAUUUACUGCACUGGUAGAUUCCUUAAUUGAAUCUUUAUUUCCUCUGUGUAAAGCACAACAACAUUGACCUAUGCGAUCAUCAUAUUGGUCGUCUAUCCUCCAAUCAUACAGUGAUGUGUGCCAGAAGCACAUGAGAAAUGUCAAAUAGUUUUUGUUAUUGAUGUUGUUUUUUAAGCAGUAAACCACAAAAACACAUUUUCAGUCUCAUUUAUUGACUGAAAGGUCAAUACAAUCAGAACCUUCUCAAAGCUUAACUGUGUCCAUUGUGAAUCUGAAACAAAGCUCAGUCUAUUUAAUGAUGUGAAGAAGGAUAUAAGAUCAAUGGUGUCUUUCAUAAUCGCUCUGGACUCCCAGUUCUCUCCGUUUCUAUUCAGUCGAACUCUUUAUAUGGUUCCCAAGAAGACGAGGAGUUUGAAAACUGGUUAAAUUAAGUACUGAUAUGGGUAGAUUUCUGCCUCUGAAGUGUUAUGUAUUGGGUAACUUUAGGACAUCAUGCUGCUGGAUGUUUGUAUGUGCACAAUCUGAAGGGACACUUUUGUGUGAAAUAAAAAUUGA